CAGGAGAUCAUCCAAAGUCAUUACAACUUACUUUGGAAGGGACUUAAUUGUGUGUACAACAUGUCACGGCAAUCCAUCCAAUAGUUAUCGGAACGUUUCACUCCAAAAAAAUGUCACAAACGUCAACCUGCUGUGUGUUUUUUCUCUGUCUUUGUUCCCUGACAGUUGGAUGAUUGUUUUAAGCAGCACAUGGCCUGUAUUCUGCUGACAGACAUGGAUCCCAUCUCCGGCCCCGCAGCACAUCUUAAUGGCGUUCCACCCGAUCUCGACGCAGCCGCUGGACUCGACCCCAAGCAGGACACGGAUGCCACCUGCCUCACUGUCCACCUCUACUACCUGGGGAAGGAUGGAGGAGAGGGUAACGGUUCAGAAAGUGUGCUCACAUUUCCACCUGGGGAGUAUGUAGCAGAGGAGCUGUGCAUCAGUGCAGCGAAAGCAUGUGGGAUUGCUCCAGUGUACUGCAACUUGUUUGGCCUGAUGAGGGAAAAUGACAGGAUAUGGUUCCCUCCGAAUCACAUCUUUAAACUGCACCAUCCGGAUAGUGAGACCCUGCACUUCAGAAUCAGAUACUAUUUUCCUGGCUGGUACGACAGCGGCAAUUCAUUAUUCGCCCAUCGCUACGGCGUGUCCAAGGGGACAGAGAGACCUGUGAUGGAUGAUUGUGUCAUGGCAUACCAGUUUUUUCAGAGGCGUAGUGACUUCCUGAACGGCUGGGUUCUUAUUCCGGUGAGCCACGAGGUCCAGGAGGAGUGUCUCGGCAUGGCAGUGCUGGACAUGAUGAGGCUCGCCAAAGAGAGUGGUCAGUCACCUGUGGAAGUCUACAAUGACACCAGCUACAAAUCCUUCCUGCCGAGAUGCAUGCAAAGCCGCAUCCGGGAAUACAACAUCUUGACUCGGAAGAGGAUUCGCUAUCGCUUCAAGAAGUUCAUCCAGCAGUUCAGCGAAUGCAAGGCCACGGUGUGUAACCUCAAGCUCAAGUACCUCAUGAGCCUGGAGAUGCUGCUACCCUCCCUCUACUCCGAGCGCUUCCAAGUCACCGACCUCACUGGGCGCGAGCUCGCCAUCGUUGUCACGGGCAACACGGGCAUCCAGUGGUCAAAAGGGAAAGAGGAGGAGGGAGCAGAGGAGGAGUUACUGACAUACUGUGACUUCCCGGCGGUGAUCGACAUCAGCAUCAAACAGUCCAAUAAGGAAGGCUCAGUGGAGAGUCGCAUAGUCAGCCUCACCAGACAGGACAGCCAGAACCUGGAACUGGAGUUUAAUUCGCUCCCGGAGGCUCUGUCAUUCGUAUCGUUAGUCGACGGCUAUUACAGGCUGGUUGCAGAUGCCCAUCAUUAUCUGUGCAAAGAGGUGGCUCCACCGAGACUUCUGGAGUGCAUUCAGAGCUACUGCCACGGUCCCGUGUCGAUGGAGUUCACGAUUGGUAAGCUGCGUCGCUCCGGUAACCACCAAGGCCUGUUCAUCCUUCGCUGCAGCCCCAGGGACUACGACAAAUUCUUUGUGUCCUUUGUGGUGGGGGAUGUAAGUAUGGUGGACUAUAAGCACUGUCAGAUCGUGAAGACGGAGUCAGGAGAGUACAUUCUGAGCGGUGCUAAGAGGAGCUUCGGCUCGCUCAGUGAACUUCUGCACUGCUACCAGAAGGAGGCGCUCCGCACUGACGGAUACAUGUUCCAGCUGACCAGGUGCUGCUCACCUAGCCUCAAAGAUAAAUCCAACCUGGUGGUGUGCAGAAAUAACCAAGGGGCAGAUGUCCCACUGUCUCCCUCGCUCCACAAACACAACAUCAGCCAGAUGGUCUUCCACAAGAUCCGAAAGGAGGACCUCGUCAUCAACGAGAGUCUGGGCCAAGGAACGUUCACCAAGAUCUCCUGCGGUGUGAGGAAAGAGCUGGGAGACUACGGAGAGGUGCACCAGAUAGACGUCGUUAUCAAGACCCUGGACAAGGCUCACCGCAACUAUUCAGAGUCCUUCUUCGAAGCAGCCAGUAUGAUGAGCCAGCUCUCCCACAAGCACUUACUCCUCAACUACGGCGUGUGUGUUUGUGGCAAUGAGAACAUGAUGGUGCAGGAGUAUGGUAAAUUUGGCUCACUGGACACCUACCUGAAGAAGAAUAAAAGCUGUGUUAACAUCACCUGGAAGCUAGAAGUGGCCAAGCAGCUAUCCUGGGCUAUGCACUACCUGGAGGAUAAGAGUCUCAUCCAUGGGAAUGUUUGUGCCAAGAAUGUUCUCUUGAUCAGAGAGGAGGAUCGGAUGACGGGCAGCCUGCCCUUCAUCAAACUCAGUGACCCGGGUAUCAGCAUCACCGUGCUGCCCAAAGAAGUGCUGGUGGAGCGUAUCCCAUGGGUGCCCCCCGAGUGCAUUGAAAACCCUCAAAACCUGAGUUUAGCCACAGACAAGUGGGGCUUUGGGACCACGCUUUGGGAGAUCUGCAGUGGCGGAGACAAACCACUCAGCACCCUGGACUGCUCUAAGAAGAACUUGUUCUACGAGGACAGGCACCAGCUGCCGGCUCCUAAAUGGACAGAGCUGGCCAAUCUGAUAAACAGCUGUAUGGACUAUGAGCCGUCACACCGACCCUCCUUCAGAGCGAUUAUCAGAGAUCUCAACAGCCUCUUCACACCAGAUUAUGAGCUGCUGGUGGAGAGCGACAUGGUGCCCAACAGGACAAGAGGCUUCGGCUUCCCGUGGGCCUCCGAGAGCCAGGAGCCCGCCCAGUUCGAGGAGAGGCACCUCAUCUUUCUCAAGCAGCUGGGCAAAGGAAACUUUGGCAGCGUGGAGAUGUGCCGGUACGACCCCCUGCAGGACAGCACGGGGGAGGUGGUGGCCGUGAAGAAGCUACAGCACAGCACGGCCGAGCACGUCAGGGACUUUGAGCGAGAAAUCGAGAUCCUCAAAUCCCUCCAGCAUGAAAACAUCGUCAAAUACAAAGGAGUCUGCUACAGCGCAGGACGAAGGAACCUGCGGCUGAUCAUGGAGUACCUCCCCUACGGCAGCUUGAGAGAUUAUCUCAUCAAACACAAGGAGCGCUUUGAUUUCAACAAACUGAUGCACUAUGCAUCACAGAUUUGCAAGGGCAUGGACUACCUCGCCACUAAGCGAUACAUCCACAGAGACCUGGCCACUCGGAACAUUCUGGUGGAGAGCGAGAUGAGGGUGAAGAUCGGUGAUUUUGGCCUGACCAAGGUGCUGCCGCAGGACAAAGAGUACUACACUGUCAGAGAGCCGGGGGAAAGCCCCAUCUUUUGGUAUGCUCCAGAGUCGCUGACAGAGAGCAAGUUCUCUGUGGGAUCAGACGUUUGGAGUUUCGGUGUCGUCCUCUACGAACUCUUCACCUACAGUGACAAGAACAGCAGCCCACCGGCGGUGUUUAUGGACAAGAUGGGAAAUGAAAAGCAGGGCCAGAUGAUCGUCUACCAUCUGAUAGACCUGCUGAAACAGGGAUAUAGGUUACCUGCUCCAGAUACUUGUCCAAAGGAGAUUCACAAGAUUAUGACAGAGUGCUGGAGCAGUGAUCCGAAAGCGCGCCCCACUUUCAAGACAUUAAUCCACAGUGUGGAGAAUGUACGAGACAGCAAGGACGGAUGAGCCGCACUGACCCCUGAACCUUUGACCUUUAGGUGUCGACUCCCGGGAGUCAGUCCUCAACAGAUCUCAACAGAACGAUGAAUGUACAGUAUUUGCUGAGUUUACUGCGGUGAUGCAGUCACUAGUCAGCUGUGGACUUGUUUUUCUUUUGGUGCUCUGCAUGUCUGUCAGCCUGUUUAACAUUUACUCAAAAUAAGGAUGAUGAAUGGUAAUAGAGUGCUCCAGGGAUGACGUCUUUUUUGUUGGCCAACCAUGAAGUUAGCAUCGUCCUGGUUACCUCAACAGAAAGCCGAUGGGAGUUUUCCAUUGAGUUUUGAAUUAUUGCAGAAAAUGAGCUCUGUGGCAAAGAAACAAGUUUUGUUCAGCAAGGUUUUCUUCACAAAUGAUACCACUUUUUUUGAUUUCUGAAGACAUUAAAAUCUCUUAAGCUUGUGUUAA